CAUUGCUCUGAAGCAAGUUGAAUCUAGCAAUGAAUCGGGUACGCAAGUUGAUGCAACUCCUUUGACUUCAAGAGCUAGUCUAACGAAACUAUCGGUAGCUGGAGCAAAAACAAGUAAAUUUCUCAACACUGUUUCGAAUGUAAUGGCAAGUAUUCAGCGGUUUUCUGAUGACGAUCGUACUGCACUUCAAGAAAAGUUUGGAUCUCAUUGGAUUUAUAUAAUCGAUAGUGGUGGCCAACCACAUUUUCAUAAUCUACUUCCACUAUUCAUACCCAGAAUUUCUGUGGCUUUGUAUGUACUUCGUCUGUCUGACUGCCUAGACGAUCAUCCACUGGUUGAAUACUACAAGGACAACAAGCCAGUUGGUGAAGGUUUCAAGUCACAUCUCUCAGUUCUGGAUAACUUCAAGUAUCUCGUGCAGUCAAUUCAAUCUCACAGUGAAAACUGCAAGUUGGUAUGUAUUGGUACUCACAAAGACCAUCAAUUUGAUUGCAAGGAAAGAUUAUCUGACAAGAAUAAAACUUUGUUGAACUUUAUGGAGAAGGAUAUUACUAAGAAUUUGACCAUGUUUUCUAAUUUGGGCAAGAAAGAAAUCAUAUUUCCUGUGGAUUGCAAGCAUUGCGAUUCUGACAGUGAGAAAGUGGCAAAGACAAUUCGUGAAUGUAUACAAUCUCAAGAGCUGAAUAAUAAUGAAAUCCUAGUUCCUUUAUGGUGGUUUGUUUUGGAAAUUGUAGUCGAGAAAGUUUCAAACGAUCAUAACAGAAAAGUUUUAAGCAAGACCGAAUGUGUAGAAUUUGCAAAAGCAUUUCAGAAUUUUCACGAAGAUGCACUUGUUGAAGCCUUAAAAUUCUUCCAUGAGCAUCACAUAUUUCACUACUAUCCUGCCAUUCUACCAAAUGUGGUAUUCUGUGAUACUCAAGUGCUUCUUGAUAAAGUAACAGAGCUUGUCGAGCAUGCUGCAUAUGUGCGAGGAAGUAAUGAUCCAGCAUCUGGAUGUGGAAACUGGUUAGAUUUUAUUAACAAAGGGAUUAUUACAAUUGAAAUUUUAUCUGACAAAUUUUUUGAAAAGCAUUAUGUUGAUGAACUCUUUGCACCCACGGAUCUCAUCGAAAUAUUCAAGCAUUUACUGAUAGCCGCCCCAUUUAAUUUGGGGCAAGAUAAGCGUUUUUAUAUGCCCUCACUUCUAUCUUUGCUCCCAGUCAAUGACAAACGGGCUGAUUUGCUUAAGACCGGUUUAAACCCACUCGUUUUACAAUUCAAAAGCAACUGGCAGUACUGUGGAGUGUUUUGCUGUCUCCAAGUGUACUUAAUUAAAGAAUGUGAAUGGGAUAUUGAAAUAGAGGAUCACCAAAUAGAGGAUCACCAGCAGCUGAGUAGAAACUUUGUACAAUUUAUUCAUCGUAAAGAAGAUUGUUUUAUCACGCUAAUUGAUGAGCUUUCAUUCCUCGAAAUUUAUUCUAGUAGUGAUCGAAAAGAAAUGUUGUCGUUGAUAAGUGAAAAUAUUCGUUCAGGUCUUCAAUCGGCAUACAAAGCCCUCAAAUACACGUAUGAGGAUCCUGAAGAUGCAUUUUUGUGUCCUCAUAAAUUUCCCGAUUCUUCAACUAAAACAAGUCACCAAACCCCCCACCCAGCUUGUGUUCUGGCUCAAGGAACUGUUAUGAGGUGUACUAAAUUCAAAAAGAUGACGUAUAAGCUAGAAGACGGUCAUAAAAAUUGGCUCUCUGCUCGUUACAAACUGGAAGUACAUGCAGUGUUGGACGUCAAAUUAUCUGUUGAUGUGCAUGAGGAUGAUCAAGGGGAUGAAAAUCAACUCGGCACUAACAACUUGCAAGAAAUUCUCUCUGAAUUAAUGGAUGCCAUUAAUGAAUGGUUUAAUUUGGGCCUCGCUUUAGGGAUUCAAGGUCCCACACUUAAGGAUAUAGAAUCUAAUGAAAAGUACAACAGAGAUCGUUUGCGUGAAAUGCUGGUCCACUGGUUGCGAACUUCACCUUCUCGUACAUGGCGUGACAUUUGCAAUGGCCUCAGAAGUAACCUUGUCAAACACUACAUUCUUGCGGAUAAAAUUGAGAAGAAAUACAACAAUGGUCAGCUAUGUUGGAAGCAAAGAAAAAGUGACUCGUCCCGACCACCGGGCCGUCAUCCCCCUAUCACUGGUGAGAAGAGAGAGGCCACUGAACACACUGAGCAAGUUCUCCCCAAGAAACCUCGGUCAGAGCAGCAGUGAGGGAGGAAAAUAAACUAUACGUGCACUUUCAGUUGACGUUCGCUUCUUCAUAUAGAGAAGAGAAAUACGUAGUACAAUUUUCUCGUAAAUUUUUCCCCUAACACUAAUUGUUAUAUAGACCGUUAAUAUUAACCUCUUGUUAUCUCAAGUGCUUGCGCGUAGUUUAAGUGGUUUGCAGACGGUGAUCAUGCAUGUAGCUAUAUAUAUAAUUACCUUAUUAAAGGUGACAUAAUUAUUUUCACAGGUAGAUUUGUUUGCGUUUUUACAGUUUUGCACAUUUUGCUGGUAUGUCGAUUUGGAUACAUUAAACAAGAGGGCGGCCAAUUAUUUGCGAGUACUAAUUUUUGCGAUUUGACUCUCAUUCGCAGAAAUAGCAGAAAUUAAUACACGCGAAAAUAUGUCACCUUAAGGUAUAAUCGUUUCAUCUAAGGAAUAUGCUACAGGUCAUGCAAGAAUAAACAUCCUGUAUGAUAAUUACAUAAUUAAUUUAGAUCUAUCUGUGCAUCAUGUUGAUAGAAUGCAAGGAGAGAUCAUCAACAUCUCUCAAAAAAAUAUAUAGUUGUUAACCAGGCUUAUAGCUUAUGUAGUUGGUGGACAUUGAAUUGCAUACUGCUGAGAAUGAGUGUCUUUGUAUUGUGUAUGAGCUGCCUGUGUCUAUGGCUGGGGAAGGUGAGUGGUAUAAUAGUCAGUAGCUGCAGUUGAGAGUCCCAAUGCUUGCAGCUCAGUGUACUGGUGUCUGCAGACUAUGUGGUACAAGUGGAGAUGCUCUCCUACAGUCAUCCAUCCAACACACGCUCAGACGGCCGAUGUUGUGAUUCAAUCAAUCGUGAACCAUGUGACGGAUGGGAGCGCUGUGACACAUACUUCAUCCACUGCCUGAGGCCACGUGCCAGUACUACUACUGUGUGUCCCAAUAAUGAUACCUGAUUUACUGCAGUCAGUACCAAUAUCGUGGACGGGGCAACCAUUGAUUUCUCACAACCUACUGUACUAGGACUCUCUAACCCAUUCUAUCUGACUGGAAUAUCGACAGCCUGGGAGGGAGCUCAGCUUUACAUACAAGUGCUUGAUUUUGAUACCUUUUCUUCAGAUGAUACUCUUGUAAGGUAUCGAUUUGAUCUAAGUUUCUCAGUGGGAUCGACAACCACAUUAUCUGCCUCAGAUACCGGGGCUAGUAUCGCUGUGAGUACUACUGUGUUAUGUGCUCCUUUUUUCAUUGGAAGCAGUUGUGACAUCUUCAAUCACUGUGAGUCCAAUGCUGUCACAUGCAGUGACAGAGGAAUGUGUGUGAAUAAAAUGGACAGUUUCACUUGCAACUGUAACCCUCCCUACUUUGGUGCUAACUGUGAGGAUCAAAACUUUUGCUACAACAGAAACUGCAACGAAAGAGGAACAUGUACUAAUGACUUUGAUUCCUACAUCUGUGUCU